AUUUUUGUUUACUAAACUAAGCAAAAACACCAGUGUGAACAUAAUGAUAGACGUAAAAUUUAAUUACUACACCUCUGUGUAGUCUUUCAUGUCAAGUUUAGUGUUAAAAAACGAUUCGAGGUGUUUCUAUUAUCUUUGAAUAGGACAUUUUAAAAUUACCAGUAAGGAAAUGAGUGCUAUAAGCUUAAGUAGAAAAGACGGCGGUCCUGGUUAUGUCGGCAUACAAUUUUGUCAAGAAUGUAACAAUAUGCUUUACCCGCGCGAAGAUAAAAAUAACAAAGUUUUGCUGUACGCGUGCAGAAAUUGUGAUUAUAAACAACUUGCGGAUUCAAAUUGCGUUUACGUCAACAAAAUUAUGCACGAGGUAGACGAAUUGACGCAUAUAAACCCUGAUGUAGUAAGCGACCCGACUUUACCUAGAACCAAGGAUCACAUGUGCCCAAAGUGUAACCACAGAGAAGCAGUAUUCUUUCAAGGCCAGACGAGACGCGCCGAAGAAGAAAUGAGAUUGUAUUACGUGUGCACAAGUUGUAAACAUAGAUGGACAGAGUAGACAGAGCUUUUGCAUUGUAAGAUUUAUUUAAAAGAUACCAAUAAAGUUUAUUUUCUACA